AGCCCUCCCUUAUCUGCUUCUACCACGGCGCUCCGCAUCGCUUCCGUACCCCCUCUCAACGCGCCAAACUGCUGCAAACACAGAGAGGGAGAGAGCGCCGCGGCCUGAGUUCCGCACGCACAGAAAGCAAUAGGUUCGGCGGCGUGCUAUUCGCAGCCUCACAGAGCUGUACAAGGUCUUCCCUCGAUCGGCAACAGCAGCAACAAGAGUCAACGACGUAGCACUCCGUGUGGUGCCAUGGACGAGGGCUUCGACGCCCACGUGACGGCCGUGGCGCACGUGGAAAUCCCCGCCUACGAAGAAGACGAAGUCGCCCUGCUCACCGACGAUGACGCGCUGCGGUACGACAGCGUCACGGAGGUGACGAAGCUGCUGCGCUCUUCCUACCUGAGCGCGAUGCUGCGGCGCCUGAGCGACUACGAGCAAACAGCCGCGGGCAACAAGAACGCGAUCCCUUCUGAUGACCCGGAGUACCAGUACGUGUCGGACUGCAGCUCGUUGGUGCUGCGCAUUGAGGUGGAAAAGAGUCGCGUGCACGUUUUUCUGCGUGCGCAGUACAGCGCGCGAUUUCCUGAGCUGGCCAUGUUCUUCUCCGACAGCGUCUUGUACGCCAAGGUGGUCAAGAUUAUUCAGAAUAACAUGGAUAUUAGUGGCGUUGUUGGUCCGUUAGACGAGCUGAUUCCGUCGCAGCUGCUCGUGGUGAUUGUGGCGUGUGCAGCUACCACAGCCGGUCGUGACUUAACCAGCGAGGAGCUCCGUCGCAUUUUGGAAGCCUGCGAGGAGCUGGAAAACUUGGAAAUGGCGAAGCAAACCUUCCUCGAGUACAUACAGUGCUCCAUGCCGCUCAUCUGUCCGAAUCUCUGCGCCUUCCUCGGCACCGGCAUCACCUCACAGCUCUUCGCCAUCGCCGGCAGCGUCACGAAGCUGUCGAUUAUGGACCCCACCGACAUCGCCAAGCUGGGCAGCCGCCGCUCCAACGAUAGCGGCAUUGCGAUCAAGACGACCGGCUUCCUCAGCAACUGCGACUUGGUCGCAAACCUGCCGCCGCAGCUGCGUCCAAAGGCGCUGCGCCUCGUGUCGAGCGAGGCCCUCAACUUAGCUCGCAUCGACGCCAACCGCCGCGCGCCGACGAACUACGAAGGGGUGCGGACACGGCGGCUCGUGUGCAACCGUAUGCGCGCGUGGUUAGACCCUCCGGUGCUUCGCGGUGCCGGGCACAACAUGUACGAGCGGCGCGGACGAAAGCGACGCCGCACAAACUGA